AGGCCUCCAAACUCGUUCAUCAUCUAUCGAACUGAGAAGCAAGACGAGGUUCUUCGACUGCAUGAAGGCAUUACGAACAACGAGGUGUCUCGAGUCAUUGGGAGGAUGUGGGCCGAAGAGCCGCAGAGCGUCAAAGAUGAAUACAAGGUGAAGGCGGAGGAAGCCAAACGAUUGCACACCAUGGCCUUCCCAGACUACAAAUACACGCCCCGCAAG